GGGUCCAUCUAUUUCAUUUACUUAGAAAAAUUUCUAACACUAUACCAUAGAUUGCCUUUAGCAACCACUCAAAUAAAAUUUUCCUUAAAAUCGUUGCUAUAGAAAAAUUAAAAACAGUCUAUUGCAAUGGGGAAAAAAACGUUACAAUAGAAUCAAAUUUUCGUUAAAAAAUUUGAAAGGGCUGUAGAAACGAAGGUCUUUUGCAACGUCACAACCAGGCGUUGCAAUAGAUUAGAUUUUUGGGGCCAAAAAUAUUGGCGGGCCAAGGAAAGUAGUAGUGGCGGGAUAAUGAAAUAUUAGAAUUGCCCGGGUUAAUUAAAAAAACAAACACAAAAAUAGAAAAAGAGAAAGUAUACACACACACACUACCACCACAGACUCGUUUAUACUAUUAACAGAGAGAGAAAGCAGAGAGAGGAAGAAAAUACAAGAAGGUGCGAAAGAGAGAAGCAGAGAGAGGAAGAAAGGCGCGCGUGUGAGAGAGAAGUCGAAGGCAAAGCUCUGUCUAUUCAGGUACACACCCCGUGUCUCUGUUUCUCUCUAUGAUAAAUUAGGUAUAUAUGUGUUUAAUUAGGUGUGUAUAUAUGUUUAAUUGAUUGUGUAUAUGUGUUUAAUGGUGUAUAUGUUUAAUGUUAAUUAGGGGUUUAAAUGGGUUUAGGUUUAUUUGCUUGCAUGUUCUGAUUUUCUGAAUUUAGGGUUCAGAUUAUGUUGAUACAUGGGUUUCUUGUUCUCUGAUUUUGUGCUUUGUUAGAUGGUUUUGUAUAUUUUUUUAAUUUAGAUAUUUUAUAUGUAAUAAUAUCGAUUAGAAGACAGACCAGAGUUGACCAUGAAUCAUGAGUUGCAGCCAGUGCAUGAAAAUAGUAAAAUAAGAUCGGAAUUUGGUAGUUUCUUGGGGACAAUUGGAAGACAAUGUGUGCCCCUAGAUUAUGUGAACUGGAGCCGAGUUCCCGAAGGAGAGAAGAUUGGCUGGUAGGAGUUUGUCAAGGUAAAAACAACACAUACACACUACAUUCCUAUUUAUAAUCUAUUUUAUUGUGUAUAACAGCUCGUAUAUAUAUAAUCUAUUUUAUUGUGUAUAAUCUGUAGACAAAGUAUAUCAUUCUAGAGGAGGGAAAAGAUUGGGUUCUAAAGACCAUCUGUGAUGCAUAAAGGAUGCACAAAAGCCGUUUUAAGGCAGAAUACUAUUCAAAAUAUGACAAUGAUGAGGAAAGGCUAAGAAAUCGGCCGCAGUCCAUUCCUUUGGAAAAAUUCAGGAUUUUGCUACAAUAUUGGGGCCAUGAAAAAAUCAAAUCUACUGCUGCAAAGAAUUCAAACAACCGAAGAAAGGUCAUUGACACACACACUGCUGGCCGUAAAUCCUUUGCACAGAUUGGAAAUGAAAUGAACCAGUCGACCCCUGAUACACCUACAAAGGCGGAUAUAUAUCCUAAAAUGCGCCAAGGUCAUGAUAAGAAGACUGAAAAGGACACUGGGAAGGACAAUGAAAAGGACAAUGACAAAGACACUCAGAAAGACAAUGAGGCUGAAGAAGCAGCAAAUAUAAAAGAAAUAGAUUUUCAGGCUCAUGGACCAAAUUGGCUUAUUGGGAGGACUGGUAGAACAAGGAAAACAGUCAACAAUCAACAGCGUCAAAGCAAAAAGGCUGAAGAAUUGGCAAGCCUAAGGAAGGAGAUAGCUGCUGAGAUGGAGGUUAAGUUGAACAAAAAGCUAAAGAGAAUCCUUGGACAUUUGGCUGAGAAAAAUCCAUCGCUCCAUAUAGAUGUGGAUGAAAUAUGUGCAUGCUGUGAGAGUGAACAUGAGCCGGAGACUGAUAGCGAAGCUGCUGAUGAUUCUUGAUCAUCAGUAGUAGUAUAUAUAUCUAUGUUCAAGACUUAAUUAAUUAGCCUAUUUUGAUGAUGUAAGAAGUUUGAUGCAAUUGUUCUAGCUAGACUUAAAAUCUGUUUUUUGAUCAGUCAUAAUGGUACUGAUAUUGUUUGUAGUAGUCUAGGACUUGCUUCUGGCAUGAGCUUGUGGUUGGUAACAGUCUAAGUAUUGUUUUGAAUUUGUUGGUG